UUACUGUGUUUGUUUUGUAUGAAAACGACCCACCAUUAUCACGUUCUCUUAAUGCAAUUUUUUCUCUUAUCUGAUAGGGAAUCUCAAUCAGUUUAGUCUCCGAUUAAAUCAUUCUCAAUUCAUAAUAACUGGUUGUUCGGCCAUUGCUUUUUCGAUUGCUUUAUUGACUCAUUCAGGUGAGAGGAAAGCUCUCUUCUUCUUCUUUUUCAAUUUACACUUCAUAUGCUUCCAUCUUAAUCCUUCUUAAAGGUGAUCAGAUACUAAAAGUUGAUGCUAUAACACCAAUUUGAUUUGUGUAGACUAUAAAUUGUCAGUGAAUGGGGUCUGAAGGGCCUCUCGGGGUCACGAUACACAUAACAGGUUUCAAGAAAUUCCAUGGAGUUUCAGAGAAUCCAACCGAAAUGAUUGUACGGAAUUUAGAAGAGUAUAUGAAGAAGAAGGGUCUGCCUAAAGGGAUGAUCCUUGGGAGUUGCAACAUUCUUGAGACUGCAGGACAGGGGGCACUUGUUCCCUUAUACCAGACACUACAAUCUGCUGUGAACAAGAAGGAUCCCAUAUCAUCAAGUUCUGAUAGAAUUAUUUGGCUACACUUUGGAGUUAAUAGUGCUGCAACAAGCUUUGCCAUUGAGCAUCAAGCUGUCAAUGAAGCUACCUUUCGCUGUCCAGAUGAGAUGGGAUGGAAGCCUCAGAAAGUCCCCAUUAUUCCUGCAGAUGGCGAGAUAUCACGAACUCGCGAGACUCCUCUUCCAGCUGAGGCGAUUACCAAGGCCUUGGCAAAGAUGGGCUAUGAGGUGAUGACAUCCAAAGACGCUGGGCGAUUUGUCUGUAAUUAUGUAUAUUAUCAUUCCCUCCGCUUUGCAGAGCAGCAUGGGAUCAAAUCGCUUUUCGUGCACGUGCCUCUCUUCUUGACCAUCAAUGAGGCGACCCAAAUGCAAUUCACUGCUUCCUUGUUGGAGGUACUUGCUUCUUUAUAUUAAGUAUUCCACCAUUGGCAUGUCUUAUCUUUAUGCUCCAGAGCAUGUAUGCCCGAAUUCUUAUUGCCCAUGUAACCGAAGGUGGAUGGUUGUGUUUUUAUUUUUGUUGCCACAAUAAACAGUUAAAUGUGUAUGUGGAUGGCAAAUGAAUUUGUAGCACAUACAUAUCUCAUGUAUUUUGUGUGUUGUUGUUCCUCAGAAGGUCGGAAUUGCUUUUAUUUUGUUGAAGCAAUCUUCUGUGUUUGUGAAUAAAAUUGCUGCUUGCCUC